AUGUCUCACCAAUCCUCGCAGUUCCAAAGACCACUGACUCUGACGGAAGAGUUGGAGAAGCUGGAACAAUCUAUCACACUCACGCUGCAAGAAAUCGAUCACAACUUCAGUCAAGCUCACCGAAUCGUCACGACGAGCAUUCUGCCCCUGGUAGAGCAGUAUGCCGGGCAUUCUCGGGAUGUCUGGGAAGGUGCAAAGUUCUGGAAACAAUUCUUCGAGGCCAGCGCCAAUGUGUCGCUUUCCGGGUACGAGGAGAAACCUGAGGGGGAUGACACGGUACAGGAAAAUACGGCGACUGAAGAAGAGCUCUCCGUCGACGUAACCCAGACCACGACCACGGAUGAAAGCGAGCAUUCCUACGAUACACCUUCGUCUCGGCCACACAACAAGCGCACGGAUCAGGAAGACAAUGCCGACUUGACCGAGCUUGCGAUAUCCUCGCACAGUACUCCACGUGUGCACGCGCAGCCCUCCGAGGAGGACGAGACCAUCUCCUCUUUUGAUCAUUCCUCUUCCUACGAGGACCUACGAAGGCAGAUCAAUGAAGACAAAGCGCCAUUCGGCAUGCCCGACUCAUCUACCUUGCCACCCACUCCGGGCCGUCAAACUUUUCUGCCCCCGGAUGCCUCCGUCACUCCAAUGUCUUCGCCAUUCAUUCCCCCUGUGUCCUCGACCAAGUACACAUCCGCAUCGCGUGGAGACUCUCGGUACCAGAAACCGUCCGAUCCUGUCCUGCACCGUGUUCUCGACAAAACGUAUCGUGUCCAAGCAACUCCGCUUGGAAAAGGCUUUCGCAAUGUGGAUCACGGCGUGAACCCGCAUUCGAAGUUCACAGUCACCCCGCAGGCGGCGGCGGCUACCACCUCCGGCUCUCGAUACGCAAUGGAUGAGUCUCCGAUCUCGAGUCCCGAGCCAGAGGCUCCGCGACUACACUCGGAAAUAUUCUCAUCUCCCAUCAAGGGCCUCGAUGGAACUCCGGGAACCAGUCGCAAGCGACGCACCAGUAGCAACCUGGUCCGCGGCACCCCAAAGCCCGGGGUCAGUGUUUUGACCCCCGCCAAGAAGCAGGGCGGCCAUCGGCCUGUUUGGGACAGUGAUGACGAUUUCGAAAACGAAGACUUCGGCCCGAGCCCUCCAAAGACUAUGCAAUUUCACAUUCCCCAGAGCCGGCUGAUGAAGACGCCCGCCAAGGAAGCAUCAAAGCGGAUCGUGACCGAUUUGCUAGCCACUGCAGGAGCAGGCGACCUCACAGAAGACUUUGACGAUAGCCCGGGCGUGGUCAAGCGAACAGAGUACCUCGAGGAUGAUACUUUCUAG